AUGUGUGGAUUCGUAAAUUAUACAGUGGAGCCAGAAGAAAACUUGAGAAUUGAGGACUGGGGCCUACUUUGUGCUGAAGAAUCGGCCUUCGAUUUCAUUCCUGCGACUGACAACCUCGCGACUUGCAGAUUAAGGACUGUCGAGGAAAUUAUUUACAAAGUGACAGCACCGCAAGGAGAGUCAAGUAGCAGAGAUGACGACGGUGAAGUAACUAACGACGAGCAACCGCCGACGACUGCUGAAACACUGCAUGCACUCGACGUGCUGCGGCGCAUAGUGAGGUGGGUGGCACUCAGAUGGUCGAACGACGUUUUAACAAACUCCAACUUUUUAUCGAAAGACACUUAUGCAAAUGGUCGGCCGCCUCGAAGUUGCGUUUACGGGUGGGCCAGGUGGGCUAACAAUUUUGCAAUGAGCCGCCACAGACUGGGACCCAUAGUGAGCUCGAUCAACGCCAGCGAAGACACGUGCGCACGUUUCAACAUGUUCCAAAAGUGCCUCCUGGGUGACGUCAAAAAAAAAAAAAGACUCGUUUUUUUGCACGUAUGA